UUCUUUUUGUCAGCGGUUCAGCGAGGAAGAAUGCCUCCGACCCAGCCCAAUCCAGGCCAGUACGCACUCACCAACGGAGACCCUCUCAAUGGCCACUGCUACCUGUCCGGCUACAUCUCACUGCUGCUGCGGGCCGAGCCCUACCCCACGUCGCGCUACGGCAGCCAGUGCAUGCAGCCCAACAACAUCAUGGGCAUCGAGAACAUCUGCGAGCUGGCCGCGCGCCUGCUCUUCAGCGCCGUCGAGUGGGCCCGCAACAUCCCCUUCUUCCCGGAUCUGCAGAUCACCGACCAGGUGUCCCUGCUACGCCUCACCUGGAGCGAGCUGUUCGUGCUCAACGCGGCCCAGUGCUCCAUGCCGCUGCACGUGGCGCCGCUGCUGGCCGCCGCCGGCCUGCACGCCUCGCCCAUGUCCGCAGACCGCGUGGUGGCCUUCAUGGACCACAUCCGCAUCUUCCAGGAGCAGGUGGAGAAGCUCAAGGCGCUGCACGUCGACUCGGCCGAGUACAGCUGCCUCAAAGCCAUCGUGCUGUUUACGUCAGAUGCCUGUGGCCUGUCGGAUGCCGCCCACAUCGAGAGCCUGCAGGAGAAGUCGCAGUGCGCGCUGGAGGAGUAUGUGAGGAGCCAGUACCCCAACCAGCCCAGCCGCUUUGGCAAACUGCUGCUGCGACUGCCCUCGCUGCGCACCGUGUCCUCCUCCGUCAUCGAGCAGCUCUUCUUCGUCCGUUUGGUAGGUAAAACCCCCAUUGAAACUCUCAUCCGCGAUAUGUUGCUGUCUGGGAGCAGCUUCAACUGGCCUUACAUGUCCAUCCAGUGCUCCUAGACGUGGGGCACUUCCCAGCUGCCCCUACCCCCUAGAGACUCAGAGGACCCGCCAGGCCAAGGACUCCAAAGGCACUGAGACACCAGGGGUGCGGCAGGCCAGGAGGGGGGAGGCCGGGACAAGAGCAGCCCACCUGCAGAAAUGCAGUCUAAGCUGCAUAGCAUGGGCAAGAGAGACUCUUAGGAUCAGAUCUGUGAGCUCUGGAAAGGAAAAA